AUGCUCCGCUGGGCCCUCCCGAUCCUUUCCCUUGCCAUUGGCGCCCUGGCUGCCAUUCCGCCAUUCCAAACAACUGUCGAGCCCACCAUCUUAGAACCUUCCACAUCGAAAGAGCUCCUGUACCUCCAUCGCAAACUCGUAGAAAUCGAAUCCAUAUCUGGGAACGAAAAGAAUGUCGGCGAUUGGCUCACCGAAUACCUCCGCGCGCACAAUUGGACUGUCGAGAAGCAGGAAGCAUCCAAAGACCGAUACAACCUUCUAGCCUACGGCAGCAAGCGCGAAACAACCAUCCUCCUAUCCUCGCAUAUCGACGUCGUACCACCAUACUGGCCGUACUACUAUAACGAAACAACCGAUGUGAUCGGCGGCAGAGGCAGCGUAGAUGCGAAGGGCAGCGUCGCACCUAUGAUAAUCGCCGCGCAAGGCAUAAAAGAACACCUGCAGGAUGACAUGUCCCUGCUCUUCGUUGUCGGCGAAGAAACAGGCGGCGACGGCAUGCGCGCGUUCAGCAACUGGGACAAGCGCCCAUCCUCCCACGAAAUCGUCAUCUUCGGCGAACCCACCGAGGCGAAACUAGUCUGUGGACACAAGGGCAUGCUAGGCUUCGAAGUCAAAGCAACAGGCAAAGCGGCACAUUCAGGAUACCCAUGGUUGGGCGUCAGCGCAAACGACAUCAUGGUACAAGCACUGGGCGAGCUCUUGAAGCUACGAGAGCACCUCCCAUGGAGCACGAAGUACGGCAACACAACCAUGAACUUCGGGCACAUACAAGGCGGAGUCGCAGCCAACGUCGUCGCCGAAACCGCAACCGCGAACAUCGCCACGCGCAUCGCAGCCGGCACCCCCGAUGUCAUACGCGGACAAAUCCUUGACGCGCUCAAAGACGUCAAAGCCUUUGCGCAGAAAGAAGGUGGCGAUCUGGACGUACAAUGGGGUGGCGAGGCAUACGGUGUGGUGAACAUAAACUGUGAUAUCGAGGGCUUCGAGACCUUGACUGUCAAUUACGGAACGGAUGUGCCGCACCUCUCUGGUGACCACAAGAGGUACCUGUACGGUCCCGGCUCCAUCUUCGUCGCGCAUUCAGACCACGAGGCGCUGAAGAGGCAGGAGUUGGAACAGGCUGUUCUAGAUUACCGUCGUCUUAUUCUCAAGGCGACAGAGGUAAGGGAGAAGGAGCGGCAGAUGCAGGACGAGGAGCAGCUAGAGUUAUGA